AUGAGUGUUGAUGAGUUUUUGAACUUUCCAAGUAAAAAUGUAAUCUAUGAAGUUUCUAGUGAUGAUAAAAUUAUUGAGGAGCUUGUUGGUGUAUUUAAUUCUAAAAAUGCUAAUGAAUCAAAUGAAACAGAUAAUGUAGAUGAAAAUGAUGAUAAAGAAACUGUUGAGAUUGGUAGGCAAUUAAAACAAACAGAUAGUCUUGAAAAUUUUAUUAGAAAGAAAAAAAUUAGUUCAAUAGUGCAAACUAAUAUAGAUAUGUAUUUUCAUUAA